ACCUUCACACGUGCUUCGUAUCAUAGUACAUUCAUCUGCCGCUUGACUUCAAAACAUUCCCCUUUUAUUUUUGAAUGAACUCAUGCAAGACUUGGGAAAAUAAGAGGAAUUUAUUCAUACCUUGUUUUCCUUCCUUCCUUUCUAAAAGAUGGCGCCCAUAUACAAGUUUGCAUUGAUUCAAAUGCAGCCUAAACCUGUCGACCCAGCAGCCAACUUUGCAAAAGCCGAGGCAGAGAUCCGAAAAGCAGCCGCAGCAGGCUGCCACCUCGCCAUCCUGCCCGAGUACCACCUCACCUCGUGGGUUCCAGAGCACCCCGACUUCAUCACCGCCUGCGCCGACUCAGAGGCCUACCUGGCGCGGUACCAAGCCCUCGCGCGCGAGCUCAACAUCUCGCUCGUGCCGGGCACCAUCUGCGAGGCCCACCCGGCGACAGAGCACACGCCGGACCCGGCCAGCGAGCGGGCGCGCGAGCUGCUGGGCGGCGACCGCGAGCUGCGCAACAUGGCGCACUUCAUCGCGGCGGGCACGGGCGCGGUCUCGGCCUCGUACCAGAAGAAGAACCUCUGGCACCCGGAGCGGCCGCACCUCUCACCCGGCCGACACGAGCCGCACAGCGCCUUCGACACGCCGCUGACCCAUGCGGACGGGACGCCCGUGCGCGCGGGCAUGCUGGUGUGCUGGGACCUGGCAUUCCCCGAGGCGUUCCGCGCCCUGAUCGCAGACGGCGCCGAGCUGGUGCUCAUCCCGUCGUUCUGGCUCGUCACGGACCUGGACGAGGUCGGGCUUGCGCUCAACCCGGACUCGGAGAAGGUCUUUCUCGACAGCUGCGUUGUGAGCAGGGCGUUUGAGAAUACCUGUGCUGUCGUCUUUUGCAACAAGGGCGGGUGCAGCCAGGUCGCCAUGCCCAUCCAGGGGAGGCUGAAGUCGGUCCUGGGCGAGGGUGAGAGCAGGGAGCUGGGGCUGGAUGAGGACGGGGUGAGUUAUGUCGAGGUGGAUCUGGAUGUGUUGAGGAUCGCCGAGGAGAACUACAAGGUGAGAGAGGAUAUAAGGGGACGCGGCUGGCAUUAUGGUUAUGAGUUGGCGAGGGAUGGGGGCCAGGAGACGUCGAAAUAA